AUGGUGAUCUGUCAACCGACAAAAGACGUUUCGUUUGGCGUCCGUAAAACUUACAUCACUUACAGACUUUACUUUCUGAGGUUACACGAUAGUAUACAAGAGGAAAAUUUCCAUUACUUAGUUUUUGAUUUGGUGACUGGAGGUGAAUUGUUUGAAGAUAUUGUAGCCAGAGAAUUUUACUCAGAAGCUGACGCUUCGCACUGUAUACAACAAAUUUUAGAAUCUGUAAAUCAUUGUCAUCAGAAUGGUGUUGUACAUAGAGAUCUCAAGCCUGAAAAUCUUCUUCUUGCCAGUAAGGCCAAAGGCGCGGCCGUCAAGUUGGCCGACUUCGGUUUAGCCAUCGAGGUGCAGGGGGAGCAGCAAGCGUGGUUCGGAUUUGCAGGGACGCCAGGCUACCUGUCGCCGGAGGUGCUGAAGAAGGAACCCUAUGGUAAGCCGGUGGACAUUUGGGCCUGCGGAGUGAUACUUUAUAUUCUGCUCGUCGGGUACCCGCCGUUUUGGGACGAAGACCAGCACAGGCUAUAUGCGCAGAUCAAAGCAGGAGCUUAUGAUUAUCCCAGUCCGGAAUGGGACACAGUCACGCCGGAAGCCAAGAAUCUCAUCAAUCAGAUGCUGACUGUCAAUCCUGGCAAACGGAUUACUGCUGCCGACGCCCUCAAGCAUCCCUGGAUCUGCCAAAGAGAACGUGUUGCUUCUGUGGUUCACAGACAAGAAACUGUGGACUGCCUCAAGAAAUUCAAUGCUAGGCGUAAACUUAAGGGUGCUAUUCUAACCACAAUGUUGGCCACCAGGAAUUUUUCGAGCAGGAGUAUAAUCGUUAAAAAAGGAGACGGAUCUCAAGUCAAAGAAUCUACAGACAGUUCAACUACGCUCGAAGACGAUGACAUCAAAGAAGACAAGAAGGGCGGAGUCGAUCGAAGCUCUACCGUUAUAGCUAAAGAACCUGAAGGUCCGGGAACGCCUCCACAAUCACCAAAAGUGGUACCAACUACAUCCGGAUCUCCUUCCGGCAGUGUGACCACAUCGACUAACGCGGUCCCCAAAGCAACGGCUAUUAAUUUUGGCCAAGCCCUGUUGCAAAACGUUCAAGCUCGAAGGCAAGAAAUCAUCAAGAUGACAGAGCAGCUUAUAGAAGCUAUUAAUACUGGAGACUUUGAAGCAUAUACGAAAAUAUGCGAUCCUCAUCUAACAGCUUUCGAACCAGAGGCUAUGGGCAACUUGGUGGAAGGAAUGGAUUUCCAUAAAUUCUAUUUCGAUAAUGUACUAGGAAAGAAUUGCAAAGCUGUAAACACUACAAUUUUGAAUCCCCACGUCCAUCUUUUGGGAGAAGAUGCUGCGUGUAUAGCUUACGUGAGACUCACUCAAUAUAUGGACAAACAUGGUCAAGCUCAUACGCACCAAUCGGAGGAGAGCCGCGUAUGGCACAAGAGAGACAACAAAUGGCAGAACGUCCAUUUCCAUCGCAGUGGCGGAGACGGAGGAGCGGCAUUCGGAUUUAGUUCGCAUAAAUAAAACUUUUGAAUUGUUUUUUCUCUAUUGUCAGUGGGUGCGAUUGAGGACCGAGUCUAUAGUAUGAAGUUUUCCGAGAUUUCAAUAUGUAAAAUUGUUCAAAUAUAGUCUUGUACGAAUUUAAUAUCUACUGAUAAUUUAAAAAGCAGUCUUUCGAGAUUUGAAAUACUGAUGGCCUUUUGGAAGUUUAUUUAAGUUGCUCUCUAUCCAACUCCUAUCAGUCAUCGAGUGUGGUCCAUUUUUUUGGAAUAGAUUGAUAAUUUUUACUCGAACUCAGAAAUAUAGAAAAGAAUAUUCAUAAAUGAAUAUUUUUGUGUAUGAAGAAUCUUGUUUUAGUUGUUCAAAUUGUUUCUGAUAAAAACGAUCAGAAGCCUUAUUCAUCUCAUUCGAAAGUAUUUUAUCUAUAUAUAAUAAUAUAAUAGAUAUAAUUACAUACCGGGUGUUUUUUUGUGGUUUUCUAUAAUCUAAUAUUUAUUUUUUAGAUUGAUUAUUAAAACAGUUCUGAAUAUACUCGAAUUACUGCAUUGCUAUUUAAGAAAUAUACAACCUCCAAGAUGGUAAGAAAUUAAUGAUAUAAUUUAUUUUAAAUAUUAUAAAAUAAUUUUACAUAUUGAUUUCUCCUUACAGAAAAUCCAUUAAGGACUUUAGUUAAAUGUGAAAUAUCUUUGUGGUAAUAUGUAAUGACUCUCAGAAUCUUGAUUUUUGUCAUUUUAAGCUUUAUACAUACUAUACAAUUGUACGAAACAGUAUGUUGGUGUAUUAUCUCCAAAAAUGUAUUAUUAGCUAGCAAUUUUGUGCCAUCAACAAUUUUUUUCGUUAGUUAAAAACAUUAUCUUAUCAAAUACAAAUAUAAAGUAACAUUUGUGCUUUGUAUAUUAAUUAAUAGUAUAUAAUAUAUACAUUAUUUUUUAAGACAGAUAUAAAGGGGUGAGUUGUAAAUUACUGCAAAUAUUUACAGAACUGGUAGAUCUCGAUAAAAAAAAUACAUGUUCUCUUUACCUAAGUUCAAAAUAGAAGAGUUAUUUAACUUUGAAAAUAAAAAAAAAAUGUUUUUUGCUUAAGUUUUGAAAACCACUGGAUUUUUUC